AUCUCAAUGUUUACAGUAUGGCAUGUGAGUCAUGUUGAACAGUUGUUGAUUUGGCCAUCGGCUACAAAGUAUCUAUCAUGCCAGGUUUUUUUUACUUCUCCAGGCAUCUCUGAUGGAUAUUACUUUACUAUUGAUAAUCAGAAAAGGUGCUUUCGGAAGAAAGAGGAAAGUACCUUAAACUUGGACAUGUGUUUGGCGUUUAGAGGACUCUUGUUUCAGUAUUUUGCAAAGAUGUAGAGUCAACAUUUUUCAAUAACACGCAUGCACACACACCCCUCAAUGCCGUCCUGCAGUCCAUCUCAAUGAGGACAGGGGCCAGGACAAGACCAAAAAACAUACCCCUGAGCUACAGAUGCUACACCGACAACGUAAGGUGAGCUGUUUCUAGCCCAUCAAACUAUGUAUUAGCAAAAGGUGUCGUUAGUGAGGCUGGCAAAAACUAUCAUACAUAGGAGUAACGCACGGAAAACCCAGCGCUCUGAAAGACGUGUCACAAAACAAACAAUACCUCACAGUGAAGGGAUGCAAAGAACUGAACUAAAUAGUGUGUGAUAAUGACAUGCAGGUGAUUAGAAUUCAGGUGAUUGGGAUCUGGAGAGUGAGCUGCGUUCAGGGGAUCUACAUGUUUGAGGGUAUGAGUUGGAAGCAGAUGUUACACAUAGGGCCCCCAGAUGGGGAUCAGCUUUACAUCCGAGGGGUAUUCUUACUGACCUCCAUCCAAUAACCCUCAAUACACAUCCUAGUGAGGUCAUGAAAUCUAGUGUCUGAUGCACUUCUUUCUAUGCUAACAGUUUGGACAAUGUUUUGUGUUAUGAUAACACGGAGAGGGAAUAUUUUAUCCCUCCCCUCCAGCAAAAACUCCUGAAAUUUGCGAGGUUAACGCUUCUCAUAUUCUACACCUCGCCCUCCUUUAAAAGCUCCACCGCACUAUGGGGAGACAGACAGAUCAGAUUCGAAACAACAGAGGAAGGGGAAGAAGGCAACAAGGAACAAGCAACGUUAGUAUAUUACAGUAUGCCAUUUACCAAGAGCGAGGUCUCUCUGGCUGAACACAGUGUGUGUGCCGCUAGGUGUAACCUGACAGAUGAUGUACCAUUGAAGAAUAUCCAGAAGAACACCAUCACACGGUGGUGCAACAAGCACCUGAAGUGUGUAAACAGGUUCAUAGGUGACCUUCAGUUUGACCUAAAUGACGGGCUGACUCUCAUCGCCCUACUGGAGGUCUUGAGCCAUAAGAAGAUGUUCAGGAAGUACCACACCAGGCCCACAUUCAGACAGAUGAGGCUGGAUAAUGUCUCUGCUGCGCUCGAGUUUCUGGAACAGGAGAAUGUCAAGAUGAUGUCCAUAGACAGUAAGGCCAUCGUGGACGGGAAUAUGAAGCUGAUCUUGGGGUUGGUGUGGUUCCUACACUACUCCAUCUCUUCUCAUUUACUGGAGGAAGAGGGCCAGGACAAGACCAAGAAACAGACCCCUGAGCUACGGCUGUUGGGUGGAUCCUGGACAAGGUGCCCGAACUGCCUAUCACCAACUUCAGCCAGGACUGGCAGAAUGGCAUGGCUCUUAGGACACUGGUGGACGGACUGGCCCCAGGUUUGUGUCCAGACUGGGAGAGCUGGGACGAGGUACAGCAAGUAGACAAUGCCAGAGUGGCCAUGCAGCAGGCUGACGAGUGGCUGGGAGUGCCAAAGGUCAUUGCCCCAGAGAAGAUCAUUGACCCUCGUGAGGAUGAGCAGUCCAUCAUGACUUACCUCUCCGUGUUACCCAAAGCUCAACUGAAACCUGGAGCCCCCUGUCGUAUCUUUGGCUAUGCCGGAUUAAGUGAUAUGACAUGCUAUUCUAUAAAAUAAUUUCUCCGUAAUUAAUAUCACCUGAUUGAGCUAAUCAUGUAAAUGUAAUUAACUAAAGAGUCGGGCACCACAAAAUAAUAUUUAUAGAGCUGUUAUCUUCCGAAUAAACUCUUAAAGACCUAGUAAUAUUUUACAUCAAUAGCAGUCCAUAUUAAUCCUCAUCUUAAUUCAGUCUCAUCUGAAAGUUGCAAAUUCAUGGUUAUCUGCACGAACCCUGGCUAACAAUUUGAAUCAGCAAUACAAAAUUGGGUUUAAUUAUUUAUUUACUAAAUACCUAACCAAUCACACAGAAUUACACAUGCACAUAAUUAAAUCAUAACUUGAUUACAAAUUACAUCAUAAAGGAAAACGUCCCUAGCGGAUGGAACAGAUAUGACAGCUUGUUACACAAAAGAUAAGGGGCUGGGUUUGAGUGAAGGAGGGGGAAGACAGGAACCAAGGCGAAGCUGUGCUAUCGUAAAUACAGUACCUGAUGCAUUCUAAAUUACCGCCCAUUUGGAAAAAGAAAAUAUAGUAAAUAUUUACUCUGAGCUGCGCUUUGGUACGUUGGUGGUAGAUGAAAGGCCGUGUUGCCAAACCGAGUCCUUUGAAGAAUGUCUCUGGUUGUCAAAUGGAUACGUUGUAGUAACGUCGUUUGGGUGAUAGACGGGAUACUCUGUCUGUUCAUUCCUAACCCUCGUUGCAUCUGCUGUUGCUAACUCAACGGCUAGGAGGUAUCACUUCUGUAGUGAAUAAGAGUUCAAAGUUCAUACCAUUCGCAACCAAGCUCACGCUGAUGUUGGCUUCGUUCUGUAGUUAUUAUUUGAACCAUUCUGACAUUGGACCUUCGUCCUCACAUCAUCGGAACAGGAGGUUAUAUUGUCAUCAAGGGCUUAUAUAGGAAGGGAGAGAGGGGCGUGUUUGAAAAGUUGUAUAGCCCACGUCCCUUCACAGGGGCGGGCCACUGAUUGAGCAGAGCCCUGUCUUAUGAAAACCCAAAUCUCACAUUUUAGAAGCUAAAGUGACAUUUCAUCCCAUCACGAAUAAUUUCAUAUUCAAACAUUUAAAUUGAACAACAAUUCCAUGUGAAUCCGAUAACUCUGAUGUGUAGACUUUCCACUGUAGAGUUUUUGUCAUCUUAUCAUUGAUGAGAAUGUCUCAGAUGACAACCGAACUGACAUCAUAUUCAUUAAGUACCACCGCAUAUGUUAAAUUGUUCGGAUUUCCCCCCACCUACUGAUGUUCCCAGAAUCUCUAUGUUAGCCAAGGGUUUUGCAAAUGUAACCUCAGUAGGGUAGAGAGAGGAAAAAGGGGGGAAGAGGUAUUUAUGACUGUCAUAAACCCUUGGCUAACAUGGCUAAAUUUGUCACUGCUCUACCCCUCCUAUGUUAAUCAGCGCUCAUAACAGGCAAUCUGGCUAGCCUUGUUUUUACAAAAAGGUGAUUUGUGUUUUGAGGUUCUAUGGACAAAUCUGGGGCAAUACGCUGUGCAUGUGACCUGUGAUGAAGAUGAGAUCGAGGACAGUCCUUUCAUGUCCCUCAAACGCCUGAAUAAAAAUAAAUGCUACCCACACAA